GUCGUCCCGUUUCAUCACGUGCCCUCAAUAGGGCUGAAGGUAGCUUACCGGAAGAGCCCGCCAGGAUCCAAGAUGGCGGUGUGCAUCGCGGUAAUCGCCAAGGAGAAUUAUCCCCUCUACAUUAAGAGCACCCCAACAGAAAAUGAACUCAAGUUCCAUUACACAGUGCACACCUCUCUUGAUGUUGUGGAUGAAAAAAUCUCAGCCAUGGGGAAGGCUCUUGUGGACCAGAGAGAACUCUACCUGGGUUUGCUGUACCCAACAGAAGAUUACAAAGUAUAUGGCUAUGUGACCAACUCCAAAGUAAAGUUCGUUAUGGUGGUGGAUUCUUCCAACACAGCACUUCGGGACAAUGAAAUCCGGAGUAUGUUCAGAAAGUUGCAUAAUUCCUACACAGAUGUCAUCUGCAACCCCUUUUAUAACCCCGGGGAUCAAAUCCAGUCCAGGGCCUUUGACAACAUGGUGACAUCCAUGAUGGUCCAGGUUUGUUGAAGCGCCUGCAUCUUCUCAUCCUUCUACCCCGGAAGAUCGGCCCUUGUACAGAAUUGUUUGGUGGUUGUGUUAUAUUCUGCUUUCUCAAGCCCUGAUGUGUAAAAAUAAACUUAUUGGAACCCAGAA